AUGGCGGUGGGGAGGGCCGGGCCGGGCAGAGCGGGGACAGCAGAGGGGGGUCCGGGUGCCCCGGCCGCGCUGUGCCCUCCCCGCGGUCCCUGCCUUGGGCCAGCCGGGCCCCGGCGCUCUCCGGCGCUGCCGGCAGGGCCUCCCCUCAGGCGCCCUCCGAAAUACGUAGCUGGGACACCCAACUCCUUUUUAAAACACACGGUGUCACUAGAGAGCCGGAGCCGUGGGUUAGCGGUGAUGACCUCAGCAUACCCCACUUCCGAAACAUUCAUUCCGAGGAUGGAUCAAGGCGCAACUGCUAAAUCGUCAUCUGCUGUGUUCACCUCAAAUGCUGCUAAAGGAUGGAUGAAGAAGAGGAAUGGAGGAGCAUUACAAGCUGCAAAAUGGAAUGCUUCUUUAGCUUCUAAAAUCAAAACGAAAUUAUUAAAUAACUCAUCUAUAUUUAAAAUAUCUUUACAACAAAAUAACAAAGCAUUAGCUGUGGCUUUGAGUGUUGAAAAAGAAAAUUCUCGCAAGCUAAAGAAUGAGAAGAUUUUUCUUCAGAAGGAAGUAGAAAAACUCCAGCUUCAUAAUAUCUCACUUCGUCAAAAGCUAACCUGUUUGAAUAAAACUCUUCUUGGAAUAAAUGCAUUUUUGAAUGAGAGCCUCUUAACUGCAAUAGAAAUAAGCAGUCCUUCUGAGCUUCUCCAGAGUUCCUUUCCUCUGUCAGCUGGCCCAAGCAGCCCUACUGGUGAUGAGUUCAGGAGCACACAUCAGUCAGAUCGAUCUGUAGAAUUACCAGCAAAGCUUCCUUUCAUUGCAACAGCUAAUGCAAAGCAGCAAGGUAGCUCUUCUCUGGGUGGAGCAUCAAAUUCUCACAAGCAUACCACUAAUUUGACAGAGGAAAUGCAUUCAGAUCAAGUCAACUUUGCAUCACUCUUGCCUUCUGGUACAAAUAAACAAAAGUUAGUUGAAACAGAACCAAUGGUUGACAAGAAUAGAUUUUUGAAAGAAAAUCAAGGGUGUGCAGAAUUAAGUCGCAAUAAUGCCUUCCUGACUCAUGGAAAAAAUACACAAUCCUUAGAACCAUCUGAGGAGCCUACAGAACAAUAUCAUGGCAGUUCAUUGCCAUCCUAUGAAAAUGUGACUAAAAGAAAGAAAAAUGCAGUACUUUGUAAGUCAAAAACUCAAUCUUAUCUAAAGGAUUUUGAUAAAAAAUAUAGGUCAUUGAAUCUGCCUCAUGAUGAUAUCAACAGUAGCAGCAACACCAAUGAUAGGAAUUUGCAGGGAGGUUCAAGUGACUUGUCUUACAUUAUGCCUUCACCUCUUAAAUUUAACAGUGAAAGUAAGACAGAUUUUAACAAGCUGCUUUUUAUUGACAAAAUGAAGCCUGAUGAAACUGUUUAUGAUGCUGACAUGGAGUUGACUGCCAGUGAUGCAAGUGAACUACUCACAGUUACAGCAAAAGGCAAUUAUAAAUCGCGCCAAAGUAAAAUUAAUAGUGCUAAUUCUGACAAAUUACCAAAUUUCAGAAAAGUAAAAUAUUCUAAGGAUAAAGAAAAAAUUAAAAGCAAGACUGAAGUCCAUUCAAAUGUCCAAGUAGAAGAAAGGUGCUCUAGGGCUGACAAUAAUGAAACUUCAGAAACUACUGAUUCACCAGCUCAGCUAUCCCAAAGUCAGACAGAACAGCUGCCUACACAAAAUUCUGUGGAGCAACAGAGUAGAACAAGUAAAGCUAAGGACGCCAGGAGGACAUACCAGAUUAAUGUAAUGAGUCCAAGAAAACAAGAGACAAAUAAAGGAAUUUUCUCAGAAAUGUCUGGAGAAAUGGAAAGUAGAGUACAAAAAAGAGACUCAAGAUCAUCUGUUAACAAGAUCCCACCAGAAGUUUAUUGUGCUGAAAAUUUACCAUUCCAAGAUAACAUUUCUGAUGAACUGCCUUUACAGAAGGGCUUUCUGAAUACAAAUGAGAAAGAUAACAAACUGACAGUAAAGAGGAAAACUUCUCAAAACCUUUCCAAAGCAAACAUAGCAAAAUCCUGUAGAGAGGAAAAUGGCCAGUACGGACAAUAUAUUUCAAAAAAAUCUCCAACAGAGAUAAACCAAUGUGACAGCAGCAAGAGAAAACAAGACCAAAAAAAUAUUAUAAAGAGGAAAAACAACAAAAAAAGUAGUUACAGACAAGGUAGAGAAACUGAAAAUGACAGCCCUCAUAAAGUUAGUCAGAAAAUAGACCAAAAGAGCAGCCAGCAUUCACCAGGCAGAUUGAAGCGUGCAUUGUCAAAGGCCAGCCAGAAAGCAUAUGCAAUACCAAAGGAAAAUCUUACAAGGUUCUCAGUUUGUAAAAAUGAGGAAUUAAAAAAUAAGAAUUCAUUGGUUGCUGGAAGGGCUGGAAAGAAAGUAACUGUAACUCAGCCAAUGCAAGUAGUUUUAGUUACUCAGAAUGGUGUAGCUCUGAAUACAUCACAAGCUGAAAAACAGGUUGAUAAUGAUGCUAGCGGGUUAAAGAAGGUAGAUUCCUCAGCGCUGGCAAAUGAAACCUUCCAUAUAAGUAAUUUUCCUGAUAAGCAUGUAAAACAGAAACAGAGGUUUAGUUCUGAUAUUACUGAGACCAGACAAGAAAAAAGGAAAAGUUAUUUCAGGCAUAGUGAUCAGGGGGGUCAGAAUAUUUUGGAUGACCAGGAAGUCCCGCAUGAAAUGAAUUCCUUUGUGAGUAAGUUGAAGCCCAUGAUUGAAGUUGAAUGGUGUAAGAAUAUACCAUUUAAGGCAGAUAGCUGUUCCCAGGAGGGCUUUUCCGAUGGGGAGCUCCCAGCUCUUGAUAACCACAAUGCUUCCAUCAAUUUCUCUAUACUGAAAAGCCCUGAAAUCCAUGGGCAAAAUGAUCAUAAUGAAACACUGGAUGCUGAAAAAGAAGAACAAAAUAUGGAUCAUAUUUCUAAACAGAGUAACAAAAAUACUCUGGCACCUUGUCAUGGAAGAAGAGCUUUCCAAGAUCUGACAAAUACUAGUAUACAACUUCACACUUCUGUCCCUAAAUCCCCCCAAAUUUUAGAAGACUCAGCAGCACCACUGAGACGAAGCAGACCCACUAUUUGCUACAAGGAACCCAGUCUAAACAGAAAAUUAAGGCGAGGGGAUGAAUUUACAGAUACACAAUUCCUGAAUUCCCCAAUCUACAAAGUAAAAAAUAAAAGAAAUUUUAAAAGCAAAUCAAAAUUUUAUUGAAGAACAGAGAAUUGCCUUUAGGGACAAUACUUCUAAAAUGGGUACAAUUGUUUAUAUAUAUAUGUAAAUGUUUAGCAAUAUAGAGUAUUUGUUGUUCUUUGAUUAGUAAAGGUCUUCCACAGUGAAAUUUUCUGGAGAAGAACCUCUAUAAAAGGGACACAGAGUACCUUACUGAAGAAGGCAUAUACAGGUCAGGCUCACUUGUGUUUUGCGUUUCUGGUCAGUAAUUUAUAGUCUGUUCAAAUGGCUUGCAGCACUUCUUAAA